AUGGAAGAUUUAUUGUCGAAGAGCUAUUCAGAUUGUUCAAAAUAUUGGAUCGAUUGGUUCCUUGGAAUUAAAGGAAAUGAAUUUUUUUGUGAAAUUGAUGAAGAAUAUAUUCAAGAUAAAUUUAAUUUAACCGGAAUUAAUACAGAAGUCCAACAUUAUAAUUAUGCAAUAGAAAUGGUAACAGAUGUAUUUGAUCAUGAUGUAAAUGAUGAUCUGCGAAAUCAAAUUGAAAAAUCAGCACAACAUCUUUAUGGUUUAAUCCACGCAAGAUUUAUUUUAACAACACGAGGACUUCAAAAAAUGCUUGAAAAAUAUAAAAAAUAUGAUUUCGGUCGAUGCCCCCGAGUCCUUUGUAAUUCGCAAGCAGUUCUUCCCGUAGGACUAUCAGAUAUUCCUUAUUCCAGCUCUGUAAAGCUUUAUUGUCCCAAAUGUGAAGAUAUUUAUACACCUAAAUCAUCGCGACAUGUAACAAUUGAUGGUGCAUAUUUUGGAACCACAUUUCCACACAUUAUGCUUCAAGUUUAUCCUUAUCUAAUUCCACAUAAAAGCCAAGAACGAUAUGUACCUCGGAUUUUUGGUUUUAAAGUUCGAGAAUAUUCAAUUAUUCAUCAACAUCAAGAUAUUUACAAAAAAGAACAGGAUAUAAAACUAGAUACCAUUAGAGAAAACGAAAAUUCAAAAAACAAUGACAAAUAG